GUUCAAUUGGAAAUAAUAAACAAAUGCAUAGGUCAUUAAAGAAAUUAUAAGUUUAAUUGAAAUGCUCUUGUCUCCCUGCUGCGAUAAAAGCUGUCUGUCUCUCUGCCUCCAAGAGAGAGAGAGAGAGAGAGAGUCUAUCUUACUCUUGAAGGACAAAGACAGCUCUAUAGUCCUCCAUUUCUCCUCUGCACACACCGCCACCCCAAAAAAUUGCUUCUCUCACUCUUUCUUCCCCUCAAAGGUUUUGAGAUUCCUGAACAAUCAAAGGUAGGAUUGCCCACAAUUUCUUACCCUCUCUGUUUUUACACACAUGAAUGAUGAAACCCAAUUCGAGAACCCACAAAAGUUCUUUGCUUUCUUUUGAAUUUGUGGACUUCUUGAUGGAUUGCGAUUUUCUUGAACAUUUAACUUUUUGUUUUGGGAUGAAACUAGAACAUUUAACUUUAGCAAGUAGUUCAAGUUUAUGAUUGAAAGAUGGAAGCUUUUGUUGUUCUUAUCCUGGUUCUCAUGCUUUUUUAUUUAUUCUGUAGUCGCCGGUCCUUUUGUUUCCAUUUUUGGGAGAGCUUGGUGGAACUACCAAUGGCGGUUUCGGUGAACUCAUAAUUUUAAGAUUGUAUUUUUUUUUUUUUUUUUGGGGCGUAAAAGUUUACCUCUUCAAUAUCUGGGGAGAUCUUUUCUCUUGUCUCUUACACGAUGUAUUCCUUCUAUGCCUGGAAGAGAGCUAACCAUGCAUGAAGGAGAACUGGUUUCCAUGGGAAUUCUUUCAUUUUUGUUGUAAGAUCAGUCUGUUGUUUCAUUUCUCAACCAUAUAUCUUUAUGAAUCUGAAGUUUAUGAGGAUGGAAGAAGACAACAAAUUUCUUUCACAAAUUUAGCUGAUAAACUUCACUUACCAUUUGUUUAACGCUCAUGUCUCCCUUUUUCUCAAGUUUAGUUCUACUACCAUCCUUUUCCUUCUCUAGUUUACUUUUCUUUGUGGAAGAUGCCUUUCUUUUUGUCUGUUUGGAGAAGGGUUCUUGGGGAAAGAAACCCCAAAAACAAACAAAAAACAAACUCCAAUCCUGACCAUUCAUCUGCUCGUUUUGGCAGAUCCAGUUUCGAAUUUUGGUAGAAGAUCCUGGAGCUAGUCUUUUUGCUGCUGCGUAGGUGGUUCAUCUCUAUCAUUAACAUACAGUUUUGAAGCUUGAUCAGAAGCACAUACUGCUGAAGAGUUAAAAUGCAGGCAUCAGAGAGGUUCCAGUCACCAGCAAUGUCAUCCGCCGGCUUAUACUACCAACCGAGUCAAGAAUUCGAGCCCUACUGCUUGCCUCAGUUCCAAUUACCUCACCAACUAUGCUACAAUGGAAGCGUGCAGGAAACUUCUCACUUCCCCUUUGAGAUCUCUUCUGAACAAUACUGCACUUUGGAGUCAUCUUCCCCAAAUGCCAUUUUCAGUACCUACAACUUUUCGCCUAGUGGGAGCCCAAUCUCGCAGCAGGAUUCUCAGUCACACCCACCUGAUACAUAUGGCUCUCCAUUAAGCAGUUCGUGUGUUACUGAUGAUGCCAAUGAUAUAAGACACAAGCUGAGGGAGUUAGAGACUGCAAUGUUGGGGCCAGAUUCUGAUAACUUAAUGAAUAUAGAAGGCGAGUCACCAGAGAUGGACUGCUUGAGAAAAAUCAUGGAGGCGAUAUCACGAGCUGAUCUAAAGCAAGUCCUAGUUGCCUGUGCCAAGGCAGUGUCCGAGAAUGACCACUUAAUAGCACAAUGGCUGAUCGAUGAAUUACGCCACAUGGUGUCAGUUUCUGGUGAGCCUAUACAAAGGCUAGGCGCAUACAUGUUGGAAGGCCUCGUUGCUCGGCUUUCCUCUUCUGGGAGUUCAAUCUGCAAUGCCUUGAGGUGCAAGGAACCAGCUAGUGCUGACUUGCUCUCUUACAUGCACAUUCUCUAUGAAGUCUGCCCUUACCUCAAAUUUGGAUACAUGUCAGCGAAUGGGGCUAUUGCAGAAGCUAUGAAGGAUGAGAACCGGGUUCACAUUGUUGACUUUCAGAUUGGUCAAGGGAGUCAGUGGGUGAGUUUGAUUCAAGCAUUUGCAGCGAGACCCGGUGGGCCACCACACAUUCGUAUCACAGCCAUAGAUGACUCAACUUCCGCUUAUGCACGAGGUGGAGGGUUGAAUAUAGUAGGGAAGAGGCUGUCAAAGCUGGCUGAGUCGUUCAAAGUGCCGUUUGAGUUCCAUGCUGCUGCUAUCAGUGGCUGUGAAGUUCAAGUGGGUGAUCUCGGUAUUCGAGCUGGGGAAGAAGCUCUAGCUGUCAAUUUUGCGUUCAUGCUUCAUCACAUGCCUGAUGAGAGUGUCGAUACAGAGAACCAUCGAGAUCGGUUACUGAGGAUGGUUAAAGGGUUGUCACCUAAGGUCGUGACACUUGUCGAGCAGGAGGCUAAUACAAAUACUGCACCGUUCUUUCCUCGGUUUCUAGAGACACUCGACUACUACACGGCCAUGUUUGAGUCGAUCGACGUGACCCUCCAGAGGGAUCACAAGGAGAGGAUAAAUAUUGAGCAGCAUUGCCUUGCUAAAGAUGUUGUGAAUGUGAUCGCUUGUGAGGGAAGAGAGCGAGUGGAGAGACUUGAGCUUCUGGGGAAAUGGAGGUCAAGGUUUGUCAUGGCGGGGUUUACACAGUGUCCUUUGAGCUCUUUGGUGAACGCUACCAUUAAGACACUGCUGGAGAAUUACUGCAAGCAGUACAGGCUUCAAGUGAGGGAUGGUGCGUUGUAUCUCGGGUGGAUGAACCGUGAUUUGGUUGCUUCUUGUGCAUGGAAGUGAAGAAAAGGAAGGGGCACUAGGUAGAACUUUCUCGCUUGGAGUUGUUUGUUGUAGCCUUUUGCUGUACUUUUUCUUCUAUGAAUGGAAGGCAGCCAUUUUUCGGCUCUACAAGCUUUAUAAGUUGCCAAGCUGGGUUCUGUUUGGCAUUGUUAGCUUUGUAAAACUGAAGCAAAGAGUUUAAAAGGAAAAGCUGGAAUUAGAGUAGAGGAACGAAGGAAAAUGUUACAUAAUUACUGUAGCUUUGUCUUCUUCCCAUAUGUAUUAGACAACCAACCCAACAAUGGCUCUACAUCCUGCAAUUAUUGCUCAAUCUAAUACACAGCUGAAAAAUAG